AUGGCAUUGCCGUUCAGCCGCUCCGAUGAGCAGAGCUUGGCCUAUGUCGCCGAUAUUGAGUCCGAACAGAAACAAGGCCUCCUGAUUGGCAGUGAUGGUAUCGGGCGGACAAACGAUAUCUUUGUUGAGAGUACUCCCAGAAGCAUGUGCUGUAAACAAAGAGGUCAUUCGAUCCGGCGCUUAGCGAAAGGCAUCGUGACGAUCAGCUGGAUGGGCCUUCUGGCGUAUGGUCUCAUUCGAUUUUUUUCUGGUACAGAGGUCGAGAUAAUCGAACCGUCUUCCCCUCACCCGCAGACUCGCCCUGCAAUUUGCCAGACACCAGAAUGCAUCCAUGCAGCCUCAGAGAUCCUUUUCAAUCUAGAUUCAAAAUACACCGAGGUUGAUCCUUGCACCAAUUUCGACCAAUAUGUCUGCGGUGGGUGGAGGGAGCGCCAUGAUAUGCGCGCCGACCAGGGAUCGAUCUUCACUGGGACAAUCAUGGAAGAGAAUGCCCAAACCCGGCUACGUCAUAUACUAGAACGCUCAAAUCCGCCAGAUGGUGCCGAUGACGGUAAUUUCAACAAACUCAAAGCUGCUUAUAAUGCUUGUCUGGACGAGACCACCAUCAGAGAACGUGGUACCAAGCCCUUGGUUGACCUGCUUACAGACCUGCAGAAGAUCUAUCCCGUGAAGAGCGGCCUUGUUUCUGGCACCCAAGAUCACCUCACUAAUGCCCUCUUGUUUCUUAUGAAAUCUGGAGUCGAUGCUCUUGUCUCCUCGGGUGUUUCUUCUGACGAUCGUGACCCUGACAAUGUUGCGAUAUUUGUACAACCCCCUCGGAAAAUUGGUCUUCCAGCGAGGGAGUACUAUAACAAGACGGACACAGUAGCCGAGUAUACUCAAACUCUGAAACAGGUACUUCAAGCCUUCGGCGGAUCGGACAAGAUUGCCGAAAAUGUUGUCGCUUUCGAGACAAAGCUUGCACAAGUGACGCCGGACACAGCGACCCAGGAAGACGUCACCAAGUACUAUAAUCCGCUUAGUAUCAAGGAAACCGAGUCAUUAAUUCCGGAGAUUUCGUUUUCCGCAAUCCUUUCAGAGUUGGCAUCCCAUGACUACAAGGGUGACCGACUGAUUGUGGGAUCCCCAUCAUAUAUGAAGGCCUUAUCUGAUAUUUUGAACGAUGCAUCGCGAGAGACUGUGUCGUUCUUUCUGCAAUGGAAGCUCAUCCAGGGUUUCUCAGACGACAUUGAAGCCGAUGCGAUUGUUCCUCUGCGGCAAUUCAAUAACAAGCUUGCCGGAAAAGACCCUCAAGCUACCGAGGAACGGUGGCGCAAGUGUAUUAAGAGCUUGGAUGAUGGCCUUGGCUGGAGUCUAAGUCGAUUUUACGUGCUUGAUUCCUUCCCUGAGGAGUCAAAGAAGCUCGGAGAUCAGGUUGUGUCGGACAUCAAGGAGCGGUUCGUUUUCACCUUGACCCAAACCGGCUGGAUGUCACCGGAGGUUCGGAAGCUGGGUAUCAAAAAAGUGGAAAAUAUUAUCCAGAAGAUUGGAUUCCCUACCAAGAGCCCCAAUGUGUUGGAUGCACAGGAUGUGGAGAAUCAUUAUCAAGGCUUGGAUGUGUCAAUGAACACUUUCUUUGAAAAUGAGCUGGCCGUGGCAAGCUUCAAGCUUCGUAAUGAAUGGGCCAAGCUGGGAAAGCCCACCAACCGCGAUGAAUGGGAUAUGACUGCGCCCACAGUUAACGCUUACUACAACCCUCCUGGCAAUGAAAUAGUCUUCCCAGCCGGGAUCAUGCAGCCGCCAGUGUUCUAUGGACCUGCCGCGCCGUUGUACCUGGCUUAUGGCGCGUUUGGUGCUGUCAGUGGUCAUGAGCUCUCUCAUGCAUUCGACUCGACCGGUCGGCACUACGACGAGACGGGAAACUACACAAACUGGUGGGACGACAAGACCGUUGAAGCCUUCGAGGAGCGUGCCCAGUGUUUUGUAGAUCAAUAUUCCAAAUUUACCGUGGAGGGCCCUGGCGAUAAAGUUCUCCAUGUCAAUGGACGCUUGACCUUAGGCGAGAACAUCGCCGACGCCGGUGGGCUGACUGCAUCGUUCCAUGCCUGGAAGAAACACGACGAGGCCUCCCCGGAUCCUCACCUUCCAGGGCUUGAUGCUUUUAGUAAAGAACAGCUCUUUUUCAUCUCCUAUGGUAAUUGGUGGUGCAGCAAGACCACGAAGGAAGCUGCUGAGCGGGCGAUUUACAAUGACCCGCAUGCGCCCAAGGCGGCACGAAUCAUUGGAACUAUGGCCAAUUCUCGCGAGUUCAACGAAGCAUUCAACUGUCCCGAGAAGAAGCCUGUCUGCAAGCUGUGGUAG